GUGUUGUUCAUGCUGAUGCUGAACAAUCAAUGGCAAGAUAUUUUGAAUAUGGUGCUUUUGCUGGUUUUUACAAAAAUGUUAUGUCUGAAAAAAUCAGAAGUCGAUAUUCAUGAAAUGUUUUGCCUUAUAAUGUUUAUACCGCCCAAGAUGUCAUGGUAGAGAAACAACGUGCUGAUACUCUAUACGCAAAGAGACGAAUUGAUAAGCCGAAGAAAGAAUACAAAAAUUUUGCAAGGAAAAUCUAUCAGCGUUCUUCCACUGGUAUUGCUUCUUGUUUGUCAAAUAUCCUUCAAGAAAUAAAAGGGCAAAAAGUCAAUUGUGAUCUUGUUGUGUGCAUGGUUUUACAGAAACGACAAAGCUGGGAUGAAAAGUUUGACUCUCAUGGACAUAGCAAACAAAAGUAUUUUGUUUCAAAUGACAGCAUAACAGAUUGGGAAUCCUCUCUGAAGCAAUAUAGAUCUAAUCCAGUUGAAGCUGUCACAAAUCCUUACUGUAACUUAUUCGACUCAAUGGAAGAUGAAAGGAUUUUAUCCUUGGAGGAGCAGCUGAAUAUUUUAUCAUCUAUUCCUAAUCAUCACAAAUGGAUGUGGCCUGGAAAAAAAGUACAUAGUUUGAGGUUUGAGCAGCGCUUUUCUAAUAGCUCACGCUGGUUUCCUGGCUCACCAAGAAGCCGUAUUAUUCAAGCAAUAUACAAUGACGACGAAACAAGUGUGGUAAUUCCUUGUCUGCAAAAUAUCCUUGGUGAAAAAGUUUGUUUCAAUUAUAAACCAAAGAGAAAAAGUCAGAAACCAAAGCCAAAAAAAUGUAGGGCUGGUGGUAAUCUAUGUGAAGCAUUGGGAAUCUCUAGGGAAGAGGCUCGAGCUAUUCAUGAAGGAGUUUUCAUGAAGGAGUUUUGGAAGAAAUGGGUUCAUUUGUCUUCAACAGUGAAUGUGAAUGUUAAUCGUAUGGAUGCAAGUAGGGACAGUGACCAAGAUAAUCAAGUUGACAAUGUUAAUGAAUCUACAGCUUCUGUUGAUGUUGUGAACAACAACAAUGAUAGGGAAUUGGAGAACCAAGUAGGCGUUUCAACUGAAAAUUUCAAUGACACGGUUGUAGCAGAAUCUGGAAACGGAUUGGAGAAUGAAGUAAAUUUAACUAGCCAACUCAGGCAGUCACUUUACGCCUAUUUUUGUGGUGAAUUGUUCAGACGUGGAACGAUUGCCUGGCGUGUGUCGACAGAACUGGAAUCAGUAAUGUUAAUGAAUGCAUAUCAUUGUGAAUCUGGAGAUUUUUUGCCCUAUGUGUUUGUUCACGUCUCUGUCAACCUCAUCGAUGAGCAAUACGUUUACAGUUGUACUUGUUUGACAUUUUCAACGAAUCUAUCACCUUAUGAUGGUUUAAUAUCCACUUGCUGUCAUUGCAGACUGUUGAAGGAGAGCAUGAGUAACAAAAUUUCGUCACUUUUUAUCAAUAUGUCAAAAGUUGAGGAUGCGAAACGGUUGCACCAAGUCGAAGUCUUGCAACUUGCUUCUAAAUCAGGUGUCGAUAGGUUUUCUGUAACGGUGAAUGGUAUUGAUGCGGAAUUAGUUACGUUAUUCUAUUCGACUGGAACUGGGAAAACUGUUGUAAAAUGUCAUUCGUCCAAAUGUCAACGUGAACAAGGUUCGUGUAGAGAUGUCAAACGUCUGUUCAACAAUGCUACCCUCUGUCCACAUUUAUCCGUAUUUCAAUCGUUUUAUUCACAACAAGUUCGUCUGUCGUGUGAAGGUUUAGAUGACGAUAAUGAAGAUGAAGACGACAUGACUGACGGUUUAGAUGAAGAGGAUUGCACACUCAUGGCAGCUGAGUGGGAAAAAAGUAUUUGAUGUAAGUACUGGAGUUUGGAAUUUUGCAUCAUCUUCUCCAAGCCAAGUGACUGUUGACGCAGAUCGUUCCAGCGAGGUAUAUGUCAACAACGUACAACAAAGAUGGAGCACAGGAUUAUCGGACCUGAUAUAUUUUCC